AUGAUAUUUUAAUGUCUUAUUGUUUUAAUUUUAUUUAGAUUGUUAAGGAAUGUUAAAAGUAAUUAAAGUCAAAUAAUAGGAUUGUUGAUAUAUUAAUAAGAAUGUAAAACUUGUAAAUAAUUCCUUUUUUGUCAAUUGUGCCAUCAUUGCGAGACUAUUGUUCUUCACAUUUAAUUCUUAGAAAUAUGUUUAGAUUAGGAUUCCAUUAAGUAACAGCCUUUUACAUUUAAGACUCCUUAAAAAGACAGUUGGUGUGUUCUCAACUAAAAUAAUAGCAUAAGUGAUAAUCCAAACUUAUACAGCCAUAAUUAUUGAGAAAUCAAUGCCAUUUUACACUGCCAUUUUAGCCAUUAUAAUAUCCAUUUUAUUUAUUAACUUAGUACUUUUUUUAUUAAUCAUUUUACUUUCAUGGAAAGUAUAUUGUUAAAUAAAAAUCAAACAUUAAAUUCAAACACCUCCUGAUGGAUUUAGAAUUAUUGAGUAACAAGAAGAUAAAUGUCUAGAAAUUACAAAUAAAAAAGAUGAAUAAAAGAAUCCAACACAUUAAUAAGAGAUUGAAGAUAAAGGAUCUGUUAAUAUUUCAAUAAAUGAGGACAUAAGUCCAGCAAUGCUAUAAUUAGUAAUAUCAAAAAUUAGUUAAGAAAUCUAGUUUAACCCCUAGUCCUGGUAGAUAUAGAUCUGGUAAAAUUCUUGAUUUUCUAGAAAAAAAACUAAGUCAUGCAAAAUUAAGUUAAAAAGAGUUACACUAUGGAUAAAGUAAAGAGUAUAUUAAAAAAAAUAAUACAAAUUAAGGUAAUUUUAACAUACAAUUUUAGCACUACAAAUAAGCAUUGAUUUUGGAGAUCAAGAAAACAUUUAGUCAUAAAACAAAAUAGAAAUAGAAAUAAACAACCAUAACUUCUUCAAAUAAACUAAAUUCAUAUCUUGA